AUGAAUCUCUUGAAUAUGCUCUUCCCACUCAUCAUCCUCGUCCUUGCGGUCAUUGCGCAGGAGACGAGCAACAGCACCAAUGCCCCAGUGACCCAAGACAAUCCUUCCCGCGCCACCUUCCAAGCAGUUCUCCAAGUCGAUAAACCUGUCCAGGGCCAGAUCACGGGGGUAUCCAACGAUAACGGCACUGGCGUCAAUUUCAACGUCAAUUUCUUCGCCUUCCCAGACGUGAUGCAGGGUCCUUUCAAAUACGAUAUCCACGAAUACCCUGUCCCCGCAUCAGGAGACUGCACCGCCACAGGCGGUCACCUGUCGCCCUUUGGCCGACAGGACGACCCUGCCUGCGAUCCCACUGCCCCGUGGACCUGCCAGCCAGGCGACCUCUCCGGCAAGCACGGCAACAUCUCCCAACUCACCUCCUCCACUUCCGCCGACUCUCAAGCGGUGGGCACCUUCCAGGCCAUGUACCUCGAUCUGUACGUGAGCACGGAUCCCAGUAACGCCGCCUUCUUCGGAAAUAGGAGUGUGGUGGUGCACAGUGCCAACGGGACAAGGUUGAACUGCGGCAAUUUCGUUCAAAUGAUGACCCCGGGCUCCACCACCGGGGGGAACUUGAAUGGAACCAACACCACUGCACCUACAAUUUCGCCUACAAACAAUGUCGCGGCCGCGAUUGGUGCGAUGAGUUGGGAGUCUGUGGUGGUGUCUGUUGCUGGCCUGUCUCUCCUCACUAUGGCGAGCAGUCUGAUUUGA